UAGUGAACGAGCUGAAUCGUGAAAAGGGGUGCAGGGAAUAGCCAUAGGUUCCUGUGCCCGUUCCGGUCCAGGGGACUGGCUGGUCCUUUAGCCAGCAGCUGGUCCGGCAUCACCAGUGCUAAAAGCACCACUUACUGAGGACUUAGGGUAGACAGCUGCUGUGUGAGACGCCUUUGCUCAUUGAACCCUCAUUUCCGUUGAGAUGCCUGAGGCCCCUCAAACUUCACGGGCUCAAGAUCCACCUCCCAGUCCCAUCCCAGGGAAGGACACUUCCGUGACUCCUGCCUCAAUGAGGCUGCACUAUGCCCUCAGCUGAGACCUAGAGUCGAAGCUGUCAGCAUCUGUUCCUUGCACUAAUGACUUCAGCCUCUCGUACUGUACAGACCCAGCUGUCGUCCCAGCUCAGCCUGCACACAGUUAGAAUGACAAAUAGCGUUACUGCCUUUGGUCAUUAAGCUUCAAUUUGCCAUCAGAAGCUGUUCAGUUGUCCUGUUAACCAUUCUCCACAUCUAGGCAAGAGGGUAGUGAAAGCAGCAGUGGCUUUGAUGUUGAUGGGUUGUCUGUUCUGCUGCCCCUGGAGGAAAAGUCAGGCUCUUCAGCAAAAGCCCUUGUCAGUUUAAAAGAGGGAAGCUUAUCUAACACAUGGAAUGAAAAGUUCAGUUCUUUACAAAAAACACCUGUUUGGAAAGGCAGGAAUACAGGCUCUGCUGUGGAAAUGGCAUGAAGCUCUGUCUUGAAUAGUGGAAGAAGGAUUUGAAAAAGGAUGCAGCCUUUCAGAAAUUCAAAACGAAGUCGAUUCUUUUCUGAUGAAGAUGACAGACAAAUAAAUACAAGAUCACCUAAAAGAAACCAGAGGGUUGCAAUGGUUCCACAGAAAUUUACAGCAACAAUGUCAACACCAGAUAAGAAAGCCUCACAAAAGAUUGGUUUUCGAUUACGCAACCUACUCAAGCUUCCCAAAGCGCAUAAAUGGUGCAUAUAUGAGUGGUUCUACUCAAAUAUAGAUAAACCGCUCUUUGAAGGUGAUAAUGACUUCUGUGUAUGUCUAAAGGAAUCUUUUCCUAAUUUGAAAACAAGAAAGUUAACAAGAGUAGAAUGGGGAAAAAUCAGGCGGCUAAUGGGAAAACCACGGAGAUGUUCUUCUGCAUUUUUUGAGGAAGAAAGAUCAGCAUUAAAACAGAAACGGCAGAAAAUCCGGCUCUUGCAACAAAGGAAAGUUGCAGAUCUUUCACAAUUCAAAGAUCUCCCAGAUGAGAUUCCUCUGCCCCUGGUCAUUGGAACCAAAGUUACAGCACGAUUACGUGGUGUUCAUGAUGGUCUGUUCACUGGGCAGAUAGAUGCUGUGGAUACUUGUAAUGCUACUUACAGAGUCACUUUCGAUAGGACAGGGCUGGGAACCCAUACUAUCCCUGACUAUGAAGUUCUUAGUAAUGAGCCUCACGAGACAAUGCCCAUUGCUGCCUUUGGACAGAAACAGCGGCCUUCUCGGUUUUUUAUGACUCCACCACGGUUGCAUUACCCUCCUCUUCUCCCAGCACCCACUACGGAUAAUGAUCCUUUAUUAGGACAGUCACCUUGGAGAAGUAAGAUUUCAGGCUCUGACACUGAAACAUUGGGUGGUUUCCCAGUAGAAUUCCUUAUUCAAGUGACCAAAUUAUCAAAAAUUCUCAUGAUUAAAAAGGAACAUAUCAAGAAAUUAAGGGAAAUGAACACCGAGGCAGAAAAAUUGAAAUCAUAUUCCAUGCCCAUCGGCAUUGAAUUUCAGCGGAGAUAUGCAACAAUUGUUCUAGAGCUUGAACAGCUGAACAAGGACCUAAACAAAGUUUUGCAUAAAGUUCAGCAGUACUGCUAUGAGCUCGCUCCAGACCAGGGGCUGCAGCCUGCAGACCAGCCGACAGACCUGAGACGGCGGUGUGAGGAGGAAGCACAGGAAAUCGUUCGGCAUGCGAACUCCUCAGCAGGGCAGCCCUGUGUCGAAAAUAAAAACCUGACAGACCUCAUCUCCAGGCUUACAGCUAUUUUAUUACAAAUUAAGUGUCUAGCAGAAGGAGGAGACCUGAAUUCCUUUGAAUUCAAAUCACUUACAGAUUCAUUGAAUGAUAUCAAGAGUACAAUAGAUGUUUCUAAUAUCAGUUGCUUUCAGAAUAAUGUAGAAAUCCACGUUGCACAUAUUCAGAGCGGCCUAAGCCAGAUGGGGAACUUACACGCCUUUGCAGAAAAUAACACCAACAGAGAUUGAGUAGAAGAUUUAAUUAUUCCUCCUGGUAGGACAUGGUUUUCGAGAAGUUCUUUCCUUUAUAUAGGCUUCCAAGACCAAAUAACCUGACUGCUGGAAAACAAGGGAAAUUUACAUCUGCAAAUAAGGCAUUUUAAUAUACUGUACUGCUUCUUAUGCCAGCAUUGCUGACCAUCAGUAUAUUUAUUUUUCUUUUAUUAUUCAGCUGCAGUAGCAUUGCUUGUAUUACAUAUGUUAAUUAGCAAGUCGUUUUUAAACUGAAAAUGUCUGAACAUAAUUUCAUGGAGGAAUACAUUGGCCAUUUUUUAAUGUGCAUGAAUUCAACCCUACACGUGCAGACAGCUGUAGUGGAGAACAUGGAGCAACGGUCUUUUGUGCACACGUGUGGCAGUGUGGAAACCGCGUCUAGAAAACGGCGACUCUGGUUCAUUCAGUCUGUCACCAUCUCAGUCUUCAAAGGACAUCAUGAGCUAUGGGAAGCCCUAAAGUGAGGAAGGCACUGGAAUAUAGGUGGGAAUACAGACUGUACUGGUAUAUAUAGUAUAUACUUGCCAUGUGACAUGGUUCUGUAGAUCAUUUUAUAAUAAUAAAUAUUUUAAUUUAUCAUAAUUUAUAAAAGAAACCUUUGUUGUUUGUCUGUUGAAAGAAAAUGAAGGAGCAGGGAAAAAACCAUUACUGGCAAAAUGCCUGAAUCUCAGCAAGUGGAUUUGGCAUGUCUUUCCCCGUCAGUUCAGGGCAAAAAGUGCUAUUGUUAUGAGAUUUAUUUAAAAAGAAAAGACUGAUAACACACUAUUUUCAUAUUUUUUGUUUAUUUGCACAACUUUUAGACCAAAUUAUUGGUUAAAAUCCAACAAUAUACCAUUUAUAAAGUAAAAAGAUUUUAUAAGGAAAACAUAAUAACCUGUGCUGUGAAAUACAGAGAAAAGGUUUGUAUUUGGUUGUGGUUUUGUUUUUUUAAAGAAAACCCUGCCUAAAAUAUUAAUCUUGUAAAAAGUGUAUUUCGAAUUCUCUUUGUUUUAAUAUAGAAUAUUAUAAAGUCAAAAUAUAAUAAAUUGUUUUCAGAUUUGGAGUUUAAGAUAUAGCUGUAGAAGUGGCUUUAAUUCUUUUAAAUGUCUCAUAAAAUGAGGCUUUUUAUAUGUUAAUGUAUAAAAAACCAAACAAGAUUAUUUUCCAUUUUAAAUUUUUGUAUAGUUUAAAAAUGCUUCCAUAUUCUGUGCCACUGCAGAACUUUAGUGCAGAGUUUAUAUUUAGCUCAACUGUUAUGUUAAUUAAGAAAAGCAUAAAUCUUUUAUUCUUAAUAUUUGUAAUUCUAAAUAAAUUGAUCUAUGAAAAUUAA